AUGGCUGCAGCAGCAGCAGCACCAGCAGCAGCAAGAAAUCUGUUUACUUGGUCUCUGCAGGUGCGGUGUCUGAGGGACUUAGCGGCGAUGAGCGGCACGGAGCUGCAGGAGCUCCUUGGGCGGGAGGAGGGUCGCCAUCUGCACGCCUUUUUAAACGCCACGAUAUCCGUGGAGUCUCUUGACUAUGUUUGA